GAUAAAUCAUCACAGUAACAGUAUGUAAAAAGAAAAACGUGUGAUUCUGUCAAAAAUGGACAAUGAUCGAUUGGCGAUUGUUUAUGUGGCAAACGAGGAAAAAGAAUUGACAUUUUCGGUUCAUUACAAACAAACGAUCGAUGAUCUUUGUAUCAAGGUUUGCAAAUCUCUGGGAAUAGGACCAGUGGCCAGGCAUCUGUUUGCUCUUAGAAAUCAUUAUACAAAACUAUGGUAUUCCGUGGCACAUUGUUUAGAACCAAAAGACAAAAAUAAGUUUGACUUCAGACUAAGAUUUAAGCCUUCAAGUUUACGCAGAUUAAAGCAGAUCGAUGGAAAUGCCUAUGAUUAUUAUUUUCAACAAGCAAGAGCUGAUGUUAUGGAUAACAAAGUUCCAGAUAUUGUUUAUGAGAGACAUAAACAAGAGCUAAUUGGGCUCGGUGUCACUGACAUGUAUAGAGUAAUGUUGGAGAAAAAGGUACCGAGAGAAACGGUAGAAUCGGAAUACAGAAAGUACAUUCCCAAGGAAUGUAUAAAACGCCAUGCAUUUUUUAUUAAAAAACCAAUUCAUAACGCGCUCCGUAAAAUAUCCGGAUACGAUGCAAACUAUGUCAAAGAACAAUAUUUAAAGCAAUUCGAAUGCAUGGCGCCGAAUUAUCCGUAUGAAGAAUACGAGGCUUUGAUGGACAGAGGUUUACAAAAUUCACCAACAAAAGUAGCUUUGAGAGUAAAUGUAGAUGAAGUAAAAUAUUGUGAAACAAUUGCUACAUCUUGGACCUCGUUGUGUGCAAUUGAGGAUUUAUGUUUUAUCUCUAUAAGACAAGAUAACACGGUGGAGAUAUCAAGAAAAAAUGGUAUACCGUCGUAUUUGAAGUUUGCAAAAAAUGCGCUCUUAAUGUCUUUCGUGUCGGCAUUGGGUGGUUAUUAUCGCCUAGCAGUUAAAUGGACAUUUGAUUUGUGUGGUGAGAUUGUUACUCCUACUUUGGAAAGACUGCACAAAUUAAAGUGUCAUGGUCCUGUUGGACAAGAAUUUUCAUACGCGAAACUCCAGCAAAAACGUGCUAAUAAACCUGGUUCUUAUUUACUCAGAGAAAGUGAAACGGAGUACAAUGUAUUUUUCUUAGAUGCGUGUAACAAGGAGGGAAAAUUAUUUUCAAAAAGAAUAGAAAACAGAAUUUCAUCGGAUGAUUACGUCAUUACUGGUAGUUCCGACCAUUAUAAUUCAUUGGCACAGUGUGUUGCAUCUUUUCAAGAUUCUGAAGGAGAACCAUAUCUUACAGAAUGCUUACCACCUACAGAAUACGACAAAUCACCGCUGUUACUAUGUGCACCUGAGAGUGCAGUGAGCGAAGUAGCAGCUGAUGAAGAGAUCGUUGCAUCGGUCUUAGAAACCGGACCACGCUGUGUACCUCAGAAUCAGCUUGAGAUCUACAAACCGUUUCUAAGAACUACGGAAAUUCGUUAUUAUUCGCCUACAACCCUUCAUCGAGGAAUUUGGAGACUGACUAAAGGGAAAAAGUUAGAAGUUGCCCUUAAAAUUUUAAAACAAGAAGAAGAAACGAAUUACACAAAAGAAUUUCUAGAUCUCGCUGGGAAAUGGUCUCAGCUGCGUUCUGGUACACUUGUAAGGUUGUAUGGAUUGACCGUAACACCAUCGAUCGGAAUGAUUUUGGAAUUAGUACGACAUGGUUCGCUCGAUGAAUAUUUACGUAGCUCUUCGUCUCAAACAAUAAAAACUGUAGAUAUGGUAGAAGCAACAGCUUGUUUAGCUACUGCUCUCUGGCACCUGGAAGAAAAUGGUGUAGUUCAUGGUAACAUUAGGUGCAAUAAACUCCUCGUACAUGCGCACACUAACAACAGUUUUGUGGUAAAACUUGCUGAUCCAGGAUUAUUUGUAUACACGGAAACAGAUAUUCACUGGUUACCCCCAGAAACAUACAACGAGCCAGAACUUGCUAGACAUAGUUUUCAAGCAGAUGUCUGGGCUGUUGGAACAACAAUUUGGCAAAUCUUUGCCAGGGGAGCUACGUUAUUAGAAUUUCGAAAUGCUGUUACUAUGAAAAAAUAUUACGAGUCUGGAAAACGUUUACCUAUACCGAAUGGUUGCCCUACAGAAGUCUAUAGAUUAAUACUUGAAUGUUGGGGAGACACGAGCGGGGCUAGAAAGCAACCCCAAGCAAUAAUGAGAGACAUAAAUCAAAUUUUGUAUCAAGUAUACAACUCUCGCAGAAGUCACGCUUACGCGACAGCGUUUCCUAAAUUAUUUAGUUCGGAAUUGAAGAAAUUAGACGAGGAUAGUUCCGAUAGCAUCGAUAGCAGAUCAAUAAAUAGUGACUCAAGAUCUAGUAGUCUAAUUACUAACAAUACAAGUCUCCCCUGGAAUGAUACCGAUGACAAUAUGCAAGGUCUAAUAAACAUCAAUGAAAAUUACGUAGGCAGCACGGAAGAACUGUCUGCAUAUUUAGGUUGGCUAUCUAGUGCUAGACGAGAUUCGGAAGGGUACCCGAUUUCUCAAAAUAACAUUCCUAAUAUGAAUCAUAUCGAACACACGGCUCAAGCUCUUCGACUAGGGCAUGCUGGCGAUUUGAGCGAGGUAAUCGGAAGGAACGAAGCAGGAACAGGAGAAGAUUGUGGUUCUAGAGGAAGUAAUGGUUCCUUAGGCCAAAUGAGAGGCAUAUACGAAUUAGACAUUGAUUGUAAUGUAAUUCUGCAAGGUAGAAUUGGUCAAGGUUUUUAUGGAGAAGUCUAUAGGGGUACGCUUGAAAGAGAAAAUGGAAAGGAUAUUGAAGCACAACAGGUUGCUAUCAAGAAAUUGAAAACACGAGCGCUCGAUGCAGAUAUAAGGGACUUUGAAAGAGAAAUUGCCAUAAUGAAGACCUUGAAACAUCCAAAUGUAGUAGAAAUUCUUGGAGUGAUAUCAGAACCCGAAGUUUGUUUAGUAAUGGAAUAUGUUAAACAUGGUUCAUUGCAAAGUUAUUUAGCAAUUCACAAACACGAAUUAACGCAUAAAAGACUGCUGGGUUUUGCUUUGGAUAUUGCAACAGGCAUGGAUUACUUGGGUAGUAUGAAUAUUGUUCACAGAGACCUUGCAGCAAGAAAUAUAUUAGUCGCGGAUGAAAAUAAAGUGAAAAUCAGUGACUUUGGGCUGGCCCAAGUCACUGGAAAAAAUGAUUAUUAUAUUUUACAGACUGAUCGUGGCCUUCCCAUAAAAUGGUAUGCACCAGAAAGUAUUAGGGAUGGGAAAUUUUCCACUAGAUCAGAUGUAUGGUCUUUCGGUGUAACGAUGUAUGAAACAUUCGGCUUUGGAGAAGAACCACGUCUGCCUGGACUGGAAUCGAGCACAGACCGUCUUCAAAACGAACAAGAAAAAGGAAGCACCGAAUUACUAGCCGCGUUAGAAAGGGGCACGCGUCUUCCUUGUCCUUCUACCUGCCCGCAAGCAAUUUAUGUAAAACUUAUGUAUCCCUGUUGGCAUUUGCAAAGCCAUCAGAGACCAGGUUUUAUAACUCUUUGUAAAGAUAUUAGAGAUCUCCUUGCUCAAUAUUAAAUAAGAGUUAGAUAAAAGAUAAAAUUGGUAUAUUAAAUGAUAUUCAAAAU